GUAUAUUGGUUUAAAACCCAAAACCCUUGAAAAGGCUCUACAGUUCAAAUCCAAGCCACUCGCAGCGCGAUCUGUACCUGAAGAAACCAUGGCCACCAUCGCCGCCAGGUCCGUCUUUCGCUCCGCCACAGCCUCCGCCCGGACCGCCGCAACCAGACUGGCAACUGGAGCGAAGCCUAAGACCUCCGGCUCUCCUUUUCGCAUCCCCACUCAGAAGCCCCUCACUGCACGCAUCUUCAGGUCUCCUUUGGAGUUGAGCUGUGUUAGAGUAGAGACUAUGCUGCCGUAUCACACGGCGACUGCCUGUGCUUUGCUCAAUUCCAUGCUCUCAGUCGCUCCCCGGAGCCGUGGUUGGAGUCUUGAAGAUUUGUGAAUCAUGCAGCUGUCAUUGAUUGUUGAUGAAUUGCAAUGAUGAUGCCUGAUAAAUGCUAAAGGAUUCGAAUGAAGUUUUACAUCCAUGCACUCUAGGAGAUUGUCUGACAAGUAGGAAUGAGCACCAGCGAAGAAAUAUCUGUUUUCUUUUAUGAAUUUUACUGUGCAUUUUGUUUCUAUUUUACCUUGGGUGAUAUAUAGGGUUUUAGUAUUUGGAUAAUUCUGGAUCUUUCAAAGUGUCCUAAUCUGUUUACUUUUAUCUUUCUGGGAUCAUUCUAUUAAGUAUUAGCCAAUAAUAAAUGUCUUGUGCCUUUUUCCCAA